CAAUCCGGUGUUUCGACGCAGUAUUAGAAGCACAAUAAUAAUUCAACCUAAGUUACAAUAACAAUAAUAUUAAAACUGUUAAUUUAUUGUUUUUACAUGUAUUUUAGUUAAAUACAAUAUUUUUAAAUAGCACUGAUUCUAUCCAAGAUGCACUAUUUUGAAUUUUUCUGAAUGCAGACGAAAAUAUCGAUUUCGGAUAAACUUAGUUCGGACAAAUUUCCAAUAUCUACAGCAGAUAAAAGUGUUUCAUUUAAUAGGAUCAUGGCAAACGCGCCGACUUUGCCACAAAGAUUAGACAGUCUCGCCAUGGAUGAACAUUAUGCCAUUGCUCCAAACAUUGCCAUACGUGAAUCAGAUUUCCAGCCUCGAUUUGAUGCAGGCGACCAGGAUUCCCUUUCAAAUUCAGAGGUCACCAUGGAGUUUGAGACUCCUGAUUUCUUCAAGGAGUCAUACAAGACACUAAACACAUUUUUAGACAGAAAGGAAAUCUGUGAUGUUGAGAUUGUUUGUGGGUCGAAAUCUUUCAGAUGCCAUCGUAUCAUUUUAGCAACUAUCAGUGGCUAUUUUAGGGCAAUGUUCUUGGGCAAUUUGGCAGAGAGUCGACAGGAUGUUGUAGCAAUUCAAGACAUUGACGAAAACGUCAUGGCUGACAUGAUAAAGUAUGCUUACAGUGGAAAAAUUCUUAUCACUGUAGAGAAUGUUCAGAGCAUUUUGUAUGUGUCGUGCAUUCUGCAAGUUGAAAAUGUUGCCAAAGUAUGCUCUGAAUUUAUGAAGCGACACCUGAGUGCUGAGAACUGUCUUCAGGUGCAUGCAUUUGCGAUGCAGCAUAACAGAGAAAACCUUAUCAAAUAUACACAAGAUUUCAUCACAGAAAACUUCAUUGAUGUAACCAAAACACCUGAAUUUCUUUCCAUGUCCUCAAACGUCAUUGAUUCAAUUGUUGGCUCAGAGUAUUUGAAUGUUUCCAAUGAGACAGAAGUUUUUGAGGCGAUCAUGUCAUGGAUUAAACACAACACCGCUGACCGUAAACAGCAUUUAGCCAUGCUGUUUUCUAAGAUUAAGGUUCCCCUAAUUGAAACAAGUUACCUGAUGGAGAAGGUUGCUACCGAUGAUCUGGUGAGACUAGAUCUUGGUUGCAGAGAUAUUCUAGAUGAGGCCAAGUACUAUCACAUGUACCAGGGCAACCUGGUCUCAGACAUCAAGCUCACCGACAGAAUGAGACCCAGAAAAAGUUAUGCUGGUGUGCUGUUCUGUGUAGGAGGGCGGGGGGCCUCUGGAGACCCCUACAAGACUAUCGAGUGCUACUAUCCGAUGAAGAACCGCUGGUACCAGCUCACUGAGAUGCACACCCGGCGCAGGCACGUGGGCGUCUGCUGCCUCAAUGACCAGAUCUAUGCAGUUGGGGGUCACAAUGGAACCAAGCAUCUGGGCAGUGGCGAAGUGUUCGACCCUUUCACAGCCAAGUGGCGUAAGGUAGCCUCCAUGGUUACCCAGCGGACAGGGGUCCGUGGUCUUGGCCUGGCUAGCUUGGGAGGGGCCAUCUAUGCAGUCGGAGGGCUUGAUGACAAGACGUGCUUCGACACUGUGGAGCGCUACGACCCGACCGCCAACAGCUGGACCCAGGUUGCCUCCAUGAACCUUCCCAGGGGGGGAGUGGGCGUGGCUGCACUCAGGGGCCAGCUCUAUGCGAUAGGUGGCAAUGACGGUACAUCCUCACUGGAUCAGUGUGAGGUCUAUGACCCAUUCAUCAACAAGUGGACCCUGCUGUCCCCAAUGACAAACAAGAGGGCAGGGGCUGGGGUGGCAGUACUUGAUGGCUACAUUUAUGCUGUGGGAGGAUUUGAUGACAAUGCUUCGCUCGACACCUGCGAACGGUUUGACCCAAAAACUGGACGCUGGACUAUGCUCUCCAAAUUGUCGUGUCCAAGAGGCGGUGUAGGAGUUGCUGCCCUUGGUGGGAGACUGUACGCUGUCGGGGGCCAUGAUGGGCAGAACUACCUGAAUUCUGUGGAAGCGUACGAUCCGCUGAAAAAUUGCUGGGAAACUGUAGGUCACAUGACAGACCAUCGAGCAGGGGCGGGACUGGCGUGCUGUCCAAUGAAGAUUUCAACGUUCUCCUAUCUCAAGGGAGCGCAGUCUGCCAGUGGCCCACUGUAGACUAGCAAAAACAAUGAUCAAUAUACAUGUAGCUGAAAUGGGACCUGAAUAGUAAUUGAUCUACAUCAGUUGGGACCUGAAUACCCUAGGCUUUUUUCUGGUGGAUAUUUCUGUCUUUUUCAAAUUGGCAAACUGUCUCAUUGAAAUUUCAAUGGUCUAGCUUGAAGAGUACUUUGGAAGCGUCAAGUGAGCGGAGAUCACUCUGAACCAAAAGGGACCCGUUGGCAUUUGUCGUGUGUGUUUUCUUGUCUGAACAUGUGGAAAGGUGGACAGUGACAACCUGGAUCAAGUGUUUAUUGCUUGCAUAUGCUAAUGUUCCCACAAGCGUGUCCUGGUUUUCUUUCCUUAAAGUAACAUUUAGUAUGGACCACUGUAAACAAGUUAAUGUUGUUCAGUUUAGAUAGAUUGCUAUCACCUAAAUAAGUGUUGUAAUAUUGAACUUUUGUAUGGUUUUGAAAUAGGCUUUCUGUCCGUCUUGAUCAAUGAGUUCAUGUACAUGUACUUUGAAAGAGUGGCCUCUCUAUUAAGUCGUAAUCUGUCAAGACACACAGUGCCAUGAACAUUUCUGUGGUUUCUUUUCUGAGCCCUGUUUUUAAACAUACUUAUACAUUUCUUAAACUUAAUCGCUGUGUCUUCAGAUUCGUUUAAUAUUAUUCUAGAAACUAGUCUUAAGUUACUAAUGUAGCUUAGUGAAAUUGGCCUGGAAAGUAUUUUUGAAGAAAGGACCACUGCAUGCAAGUUGAUCCUUUUGUAAAGGUAAAGUCUAUAUUUUGCUUUAUGAUACUAGACUUAUCUUCAACUGGCAUUUAGCCCCUGAUCAUCAGGAUAUAAGUCGUUCAUUUAAAUUUCACAUUACAUUGUGGCAAAAAGUGUCAUGAAGCCUUCUAUCGCAGAUUUACAUUUUUUUUAUUUACAUGGUUUAUGUGUAACAAAUAUUACUUAAAAUUGAUUUGGUUCUUAUAAAGAAUUAAUUUGCUAGUACUGUUUGGUAAUAGAGAAUCUUUGUGAGGAAAUUUGUAAAGAAUGCACUCUUCUAUAGCUUAACUAUGUUUCUUACUCUACAUGUAUGUUUUACUGUUCCAUGAUGAUUUUCUUCUAUUCACGCAAGUAAAGCAAUCUCUAUGAUAUUUUGUAUCAAAACUAUGGUAUUACAUACUCAACUUACUGGUCUCUAUUUCAUAAAUCAAAAUUGUCACGUAAACAUUUUAUUAUGACCCCGGAUCGAAAGAUCGGGGGUAUAUUGUUUUUGGCCUGUCUGUCAUUGUAUCUGUGUGUCUGUCCCAAAACUUUAACCUUGGUCAUAACUUUUGCAAUAUUGAAGAUAGCAACUUCAUAUUCGGCAUGCAUGUGUAUCUCAUGGAGCUGCACAUUUUGAGUGGUGAAAGGUCAAGGUCAUCCAAGGUCAAAAAUAUGGCUUCAAAGCGGCGCAGUAGGGGGAAUUGUGUUUCUGACAAACACAUCUCUUGUUUAAAUUUAUAUAAAAACACAAAAUGUCAUUAAUUGUGAAUUGCUGACAAUUUUGGCAUGAUAUAUGUCAUUUUUCACAUUGUCUCUGGCCUAAGUUGAGCUCUGUUGCCAAAAGAUGUGCUGUACAGCCAGAAUACAUUGAUAACUCUAGAUCAUACUGUACUCAACUAAAAGUAAUAUCAACUGUCUCGUCCAAAGAGAGUACGGUGUCAUUUAUGGCCCAUCAAAGAAUUCUUGUGUUGAUAAAAUUUUAAACAUAUCUUCUGGACUAAAUGUUUGUCAUUAUUAUAAAACAGUGGAGUGGUGAUAACAUAUCAGAGGCGGUUAAAUAUUUAAAGUUAUUUAACUGCAUACGGUUGUAGGCUUUGCUCCGAAAUCUGUUGAUGUUAAUAACCAGCUGAUCUUUUUUUUUAAACAUUUGUAUGCAAUUGGCUGUUAUUUUCUGUUUGCUGUUUAACAAAUUGAUCAAAAUUACUUUGUUUCAAGCUUUUUUGUAUGUGGCUUGUUGAUAGCUUUUCUUCAAAUGUUUGGUAAUUUUGUCGUAAUGGAAUCAUUUUACUUGGUAUUUGUGUGUUUGUGCUCAAAGCAUCACUUUUGGAUAUUAUUGUUUGUGCAAUUAGUUUUUCAAAUCCAUUAUAGAAUCUUAGUUAAGAUUUUAAAGUUUUACGCAACUGUAAAAGUCCAUUAUGGUAGACCAUUUGAGUUGCAUCAUCUAAAAAUGGGUUUUAUGCAAUAUGCGGCCAGCAUCUUAAGACCAGCCUGCGCAAUCUGGUCAGGAUCUACGCUGUCUGAAUAGUCAUACAAGGUUUUGUCUCACAUUAUUGGACGUGGUAGCUUCAGAGCAAACUGUGCUGAGGCGCAGGCUGGUCUGGAGCUAUGCUGGUCAGAUUAGGUACAAGACCCAUUUUCACAUGGCACAACUCAUUUUAAUACUUGCGUAAAAAUACAGCUUUCUAGUUUAAUACCAAUAGGUAAAUUCAAAGAAUUAAAAUGUUUUUCAGAAAUACGUAAAAGCCCGUCUUAUAUAAGAUAACCCACAGUGCUUUAUAACUUGAUUUUGGCCUAUUUUGAUGAAUACAUGCAAAGAACAGAUGUGCAAGCAUUUGUGUUCUUAGUAUGCUUAUAGCUUUUGCUGUUAAAAUAUUGCUGAGCUGUAAUAUAAUUGCUGUUUUAAUUGCAUUAAAUGUUGUUAUAUGUCUCUCAUUUAUUGUUAACUGACCAUACAGCUUAGUGUUUGUUUUGAUUUGUUUUUAUUGCAUUAUAAUUAUAUAUUUUUAUUAUGACAGAAAUGUUCUGAAUUCUGACUGGAUAAUCCCAUCAGGUGUCCUGUUUUUCGUGUCCUGAUGAAACUGCUACAUAUGCAAAUAAGGACAUAAAUAGUCAUGACUGUACUUCCAUUUAAUAAACAAAAUGCCAAAUGAUUUCACUAUUUUUUGUGAACCGUUAUGACAUUGCUUGUCCGUUAUGACAUUGCUCGUCAUUUGUCAAUACCAAAAUGAAGUCAUAGUUCGGCGCAAACGUCAAUAAUAAUGAAAUUACAACUUAAACUUGAUUCAUCUCCAGCAAAUACUGGUAGAAUUCUACUUUGGCCUUUAGAGUGUUUAAGUUACUGAUAAUAUUAUUUUUGUGUUGUAAUUGUUUGUGCUGAACAGUAUUUUCUGCAUUUCAUAAGGGAAUGAAGAGUCUGGAAAACUACAUGCAAUUGAGCAUAAUUUUCCCCAACAGUAAUUUGGUAAUGCUGAAAAAUAAUCUUCAGUUUUAAUAAAUAUUUGUUUUGCUUUUUUUUAAUUCUAGUUCUUUUUAACAUUCGUCUAUAAGUAAUGGUAAUGCUUAAGAAAUCUUCUUGAUUGAUUCUGUAAAUUCUGAAAUGUAUGCAAGUGCAAGUUUUUGUUUGUGUUGCUUUGGUUUCAUUUACAUUUUCUGGACCAAAUUUCGGCCAUGUUCAUGGUAUGUUAACAUAUCAGAGACAGUUAAAUUUACGUUUCAAGAUAUUUUAAAGGGAUAAUACAUCUUUUUUGGCAUUGUUUAGGCUGGUUUGUGUUUGUUUUUCAUUUUUCUUCAGUGUGGUAUCAUUUUCAGUACAUCGAUAUAUCUCAUGCAAUUCAACUCCAAACAUAACGAGAGUUUUCGAAUACUACAGCUAAAUGUGCGGUUAGUUUAGUUUUGACUAAUUAUUUUAGACAAAUAGUACAUGUAUUUCUAAUAAAUAACUAAAAAACUAGCAUCAGUAUCAUUUGUUUCAAAUUAAUAAAAUAACCUACUCUACCCUUUUUCAGUUUUUUGCUUGUAAAACUUACCAUAUUUUCUCAUUAUAAAGGUGCACCUCCUGAUAACUUCUGUGAUACUGUUAUAGUGUUGUUUGUGUUUGUUUUUCAUGUGUUUCUGUUACCGGUAUGUCAUUUAAAGCAUAUGGAGUUUAAGUGUUUCUGUUAUGUCAUUGAAAGCAUAUGUAGAAUACAUGUAUAUAUAUAUAUUGCAUACAGAUCAUUGUAUUUCAUUUUAACAUGAACAUGCCAUUUAACCUGGCCAUCCUUUUUUAUCUGAUAUUUUAAAACAGAACAUUUCAUGUUUUAUUCCAUAGUUAAAACACCUAGAAAUGCUUCCAUUUGACAUGAAUUCCCCGUCAAAUUAUCAAAUGGGUGUUGUGUGACAGACAUUGUGUGAACUAUAAACACAGACCUUUAAGCAAAAGCAAUACUUAGGGCAUGCAACACAUGGCUGUGAUACAAUUAUCAAUUUUGCGGAUUUAUUUGGGAAUCCCAAAUGCAUAAUAAAAGAACAACCUAAACACUAACAUCUAUUUUAAAUUCAGUAAAAUCAUUUACCAGUUUAUUUGUCAGCACGAAAUUUCAUGUUUUUUUUAAAUCACAUUUGUGUGGAGAUAUGUUAAUUUGUUGAUUUUGGCAAACAAAUCAUGGAGUAUGCAUAGAUAA